CUAAUGCAAAUUGAGUUGCUCUCGUCUGUGUUGGCGUUAAACUACUACGGCCUCUUCUCGGUUUAAAAUUAAACGAAGAUUGUAAAGUAAAUUAACUUUUAUGCAGUUAUUUCCUUGCACUGCUGUAAACCACGAUGUAAAUGGUCAGUCAAUACAAACCUAACGGUAAAGCCCUAAAAAAGCCUCAACAGCGAUGUCAACUUUAUCUUUAAACAGUGAAUGAAGAAAACCCUCCCAGAACCAGGAUGUUGUUUUUGGCUACUUUAGGCCAAACUGGAGCCCGACGAGUUGUGACUCAAGGGAGAUUUACAAGGAAUGGCAGGUGCUUGUUUAACGGUUUGCUAGAAUUUGACCCCAGGACCAGAAACAUGGGCCAGUCCUUCUCCUGUGCAUCCUCAAACCAUUACAGAUGCUUUAGUGCCACAGCUGCUCAUUUGAAUGCUUCAUCAUCAACUACAGCCAAUCAGAAAACACCGUCCUACAGUUAUAUCAUUGUUGGGGCAGGGUCAGCGGGCUGCGUCCUUGCUAACCGUCUCAGUGAGGAUACCCAUGAGUCUGUGCUGCAGCUGGAAGCUGGGCCUAAGGACUUGGUGUUAGGCAGCUUGCGACUCUCAUGGAAGAUCCACAUGCCAGCUGCGCUGACCUACAACCUCUGUGAUGACAAGUAUAACUGGUACUACCACACUUUACCUCAGGCCCACUUAAACAACCGGGUAAUGUACUGGCCGAGGGGCCGUGUCUGGGGCGGGUCCUCUUCACUCAACGCCAUGGUGUACAUUCGUGGACACGCUGAAGACUACAACCGCUGGCAGACAGAGGGGGCAGAGGGCUGGGAUUAUGAACACUGUUUGCCUUACUUUAGGAAAGCUCAGUGUCAUGAGCUGGGAGAAAACAGGUACCGGGGAGGCAGCGGACCUCUUCAUGUGUCCAGAGGGAAGACCAACCAUCCCCUUCACAGAGCUUUCAUUGAGGCGGGGCAGCAGGCAGGAUACCCCUUCACUGAUGACAUGAAUGGACACCAACAGGAGGGCUUGGGCUGGAUGGACAUGACUAUUUUUAAAGGAAAGAGGUGGAGCACAGCGAGUGCCUACCUCAGACCUGUCCUGGGUCGACCCAACCUGAAGACAGAGGUGCACUGCUUGACCACCAAGAUCCUGUUUGAUGGCAACCGCGCCGUGGGUGUGGAAUACACACAAAAAGGACAAAAGAAAAGGGCAUUUGCUGAUAAAGAAGUGAUAUUAAGUGGAGGAGCCAUUAACUCCCCUCAGCUUCUCAUGCUGUCUGGGGUGGGGAACGCCGAUGACCUGAAACAACUUGGCAUCCCUGUAGUUCAGCACCUACCAGGUGUUGGCAGUAACCUGCAGGAUCACUUGGAGCUGUACGUCCAGCAGCAGUGCACUCAGCCUAUCACCCUGUACAAGGCCCAGAAACCUUUCCAAAUGGUUAAGAUAGGCCUUGAGUGGCUCACUCUGUUUACUGGUUACGGAGCAACAGCCCACAUGGAGAGUGGAGGGUUCAUCCGCAGUCGGCCACACAUCGCACACCCCGAUAUCCAGUUUCACUUCCUGCCCUCACAGGUCAUCGACCACGGACGGGUUGCCUCCAAGGUCGAGGCAUAUCAGGUUCAUGUCGGUCCAAUGAGAAGCACCAGUAUCGGCUGGAUGAAGCUGAAGAGCGCCAACCCUUUGGAUCACCCGAUUCUCCAGCCAAACUAUCUCUCCACCGAUAUUGAUGUGUGGGAGUUCAGGGAGUGUGUCAAACUCUCCAGAGAGAUUUUUACCCAGAAGGCCUUUGACCCGUUCCGUGGUCCCGAAGUCCUACCCGGUCCUCAGGUCCAAUCCGACGCCGACAUUGACGCCUUUGUUCGGCAGAAAGCUGACAGCGCCUACCACCCGUCCUGCACCUGCAAGAUGGGCUCGCCAUCCGACCCGAUGGCGGUUGUCGACUCGAACACGCGUGUUCUGGGCCUGGAGCAGCUGCGUGUGAUCGACGCCUCCAUCAUGCCCAGCAUUGUCAGCGGCAACCUGAACGCUCCAACCAUCAUGAUUGCAGAGAAGGCUGCUGACAUCAUCAGAGGUCGCCCUCCUCUGGUUGACCCAGGGGUUCCCGUGUACCAACCGCCGACGCUCGACACACAGAGAUGAACAGAGAGAGCAAGUUAAGGUUAAACACUUUACAACACAAUCCAUUAUCGAGCAACAACAGCAGUGGGUAGCGUUUGUGUUAUGAUUAUUUUGCCCUUGAUCUGAUAAUAGCAUUGAUUUCAGCAUUUUACAUGUAAAAUUCAGUUUUUUAGUAGCUUACUUGUUGUCUUCUGAUUAGGAAACAGGGACUCUAUCACUUGUUAUUUUCCAUAAUUAACUUUAAAGCUAAUGUGAUGAGCACUGACACUAAAUCCAGGCAUUUUUGUAUGGUCAGCUGCGUGCUGGCGCUCCAUGACGACACCAUAUUGCAGGGGAAAGAUGCCGAGCAUUUGCAAAGGCACUGUGAAUGCAAUGGAAAAUUACUCCUCGUGACAUUUGACUUCAUUUGCCUGGCAUUAAUUUGUUGACUAUGAACAAUGCAUCAACUUUGACAUGUUUGUGUGCAUAUAAAGUUCAAAUGUCUUACUAAGCACACACCUUCACAAGACUACCGUGAAUUUGUAAGCCUUAUAAUCAAACCUCUCUGAUGUAAACAGUGCCUUAACUCUCCCUUUCCAUGGAAACUAACAUUGCUUAGAUAACAUUACAUCCACACUUCUUCUCCUGAGGUAAUAAACCAAGGAUUCAACACUUAAAUAGCUAUAUACUUCAAAAAGUAUAUCCACUAAUGAAUCCAUUUAUUUCCGUCACAGAGUUACAAAGUGUU